AUGUUCGCAGAGAAGUUCACUAGUCUAAUUAACCCAAUCCCAUUCAUGGUAUUCAGAUAUGUGUUUCGUUACCUAUCAUUAGGCAAGGUGCAUUUCAACUACAUCUACGGAAUAGGUCUUUUGGGUUGUCUGGGUAUCUACACUCUCCUCUCCUUGAUGGCUCCUGAGGGCGUUGCGCCAACCUGUGUGGUUUCAGUUCUUGGGUACUGUAUGCUACCCAUGUGUAUUCUCUCAACUAUCGGCAUUGUGUUUUCCCUCAAAUCGACUCUAGGCGUUCUACUGACUGCGUGUAUCGUUCUAUGGAGUGCAGCGUCAUCGUCUAAGCUCUUUGUUCGCGCAUUGAACAUGCAGAAACAACGUCUUUUGGUUGGCUAUCCCUGCGCUCUCGUUUAUGCAGUUUUUGCGCUCCUGACGGUCUUCUGA